AUGUGGCUCUCAAUAGCCAUAAGAAUGUUACCUGAAUCUGGUGGUCAUCUGUCUGAUCCAGGCGCUCUGUCCAAGCUGGGCUCACUGAUAAGUGGGUUGCCGGUCCAAGCUCUGUCCAGUUUGUCCCCUGAUGUCCUGCUUCCUGCCCUGAUCGACUUCAGUCAGUACACACCGCCACAGGCCAUUGCCAUUACUACUAAACUCUGGGGUUCUUCAGCAGUGAGCACAUGGUUAGAUAAAUUAGAACCUCUUCUCCUGACCACACCUCUCCUGUGUGUAAUGCCUCAAGCUCGCCUCCUUCUGACCAAUGGCACAGCUCCUUAUACCCAUACCUGGAAUACCCAACAGGCCAAGACCCUGUUUGACGAGGCUUUGACCAGCACGCCAAGCCUCACAAUACAGCAAUUCAAGUCUUUGGGGACGGUCGCUCAGGGAGUGAGUUGUGAAGUUUUGACGAAGCUCGUGAAGAAUUACGCAUCCGUGUCCUCCGUUCGAGACGUUCUGGAGGUUCUGAGAGGGCAGCCGGUGCCACUUCACCCAUCACUGAAAAAGUGUCUGAUUGAGGAAAUGUACCGCUACGACUUCUUCUCUGAGCUUCUUGGUGACAUGAGCGCUGAGAUUGCCGUCUCAAUUCCGAUGAGCACCAUCAAGAAAUUCUCUGUGCUGAUGAUGGACUUCCUGAGGAACAUGAUUGUUCUGGAUCCACAGUCAUUCUUGCCCAUCCCCAGGUCCAAACAGACUGUGCUGGUGAACAAGAUAAUACAAAGGCUGGGCAUGCAAACUGGACCGUAUACUGAAGAGGAGUUCCGCUCACUGGGUAUCAUGGCGACGUUUGUGGCGGAUGAAGUCUUUGUGCAGCUGGACAGGAGCUUCUUUGUGGACGGCAUUGAGUUUUUACGUUGUUUCUGCUACGAUAGCAGUAAAAGGGGCAUCGUGGCCUUAAUGCUGCAAGAACCCAGCACAUUUGGGUAA